UCUACCCCCCAACUCUCGUACUGUAGUACAAUUCUCGCGAUUACCGGAGGACUUUCCCAGCCCGUGAUGCUUUGCGCUGGGUAAAAAUUGGCGGAAAAGCUGCUAAGGCCAUGUCGGAAGAUUGUCGUCUCCCGCAGUCGCCACCGGUGAAGGUUCUGGCCUCGCAGCUGAAGCGGUGCCGUCGGGCUCCUGGCAGUCCGUGGCUGUUAGACCGGGAGGAAUACGGACGUCCCGCGUUGGCGGUUCCGCUGGUGUGGAUGCAAGGCACGGUGCUGAGGGUAGAGCAGGAUGGCUCAACAGUGCGGCUGCAGGACGAAAGUGGCCCUUUCGUGGCUAAGGGCGUGGACAGAGUCCCUAAGGGGCGACCCUGCCUCAGCGCCGGGAAAUACGUGAUGGUGAUGGGUCUGGUGCACUCCUGUAGUCCGGAACCCACCCUUCGAGCUGUGAAGAUAAUGGAUCUUUCGGACAAUCCCCUGCACAGAAGCAUGUGGGAGCUGGAAGUAGAGGAUUUGCAUAGAAACGUCCUUUUGUAAUGGAUAUGUCUGUGCUGGUGUGUUUGCUUUCCGAAGAAACUCAAGUGUUAAAGAGCUUUUGUUCUUUAAAACUAGUUCUGAUUUUUAUCUGGAAAAAUGUAUCUUCUUAGUACACUUCUGCAAGUGUUGAGAUGGAGUAAUGGAGGCAGAAAUGAUUGCAUUUUUGAAGAGACAGUGAAUAUUUCCAAAACAAUCCCCAUGUGGAUAAAGCAAUAUCAGUUCAUACAGCAGAGGAUCAAGUGAUGCUGCCAGGAUAGAAUAUCCACAAACAAAACAAUAUAUUUUCCAGAACAUUGUGCUUUUUUCGGCCUAGAUCUUCUCUGUAUUAGAAAGUACAUGUCUGAUUUUGAAUUGCAGAUUUCAGUAUGGUGUUCAGAUAUCUGAUGACGGAUGUAUGAAACACAUUGACUUAAAAUGCUGCUGCUGCUAUUUUGCAAGAAAGGUUGGAUUAACAGGACAAGCUGUUUUGAUAAUACUUCAUAUUAUAUCUAUCUUCUUUAUUUCGAUAUGAGUUGAAAUAUUAAACACUAAUUAUAAUUCUUAGACAACUAGAUGCAUGCAUGCCUAGUUGAAAGCUUGCUUUAGAAACACACCUGCAAAAUGGAGUAAAGAUAUAAUAAAACCUGAAUGCAUUAUUAACUCUUAAGUACCUAAAUCUGUCUCUUCCCAUAAUAGACAAGGAGGUUCCUAAGGGCUUGUUUCAUGGAAUCUAGUGGUUUAUGCAUGAUUAAGAAAGUGCCUAGUAAUUGUGCUUGCACUGCCUGCUAAUCUGUGGUCAUUCUGGGGUGUGAAGAUAGCUAUAUCACAUUUGUAAAAUCAAAUAAUCCAGUAACUAAUCCUAAUUUCCAAGAGGUGGUAAUUGCAGUAUCAGUUAUCACAAAUGGAUUGCUGAGUGACUAGUGAUGAAUGCUGAACUCUAGACAGGUUGUUUGGAGCAGCAGCAUAACACAAAAUUUCCAAUAGUACUACAUGUGACACAGCAAGUGCUGGAUAGUUGGUUUUUGUCAGUUGCUUGGUCAAGUUCUGUAUUGUCCAUGUGGUCUGAUGGGACACACAAAUCCUUUUGGAAUCGAAUGCUCAUACCAAAGUAUUGAUAAUGUAGUUACAGACUCAGUUGUGGAUAUGCUCGAUAUUAAUAGUAAUGUUAUAACCACAACUCUAACUUUUCAAAUAUGGCUCUUUCUCAUGCACAGCUGUAGAAACUUUUAGACAGUAAACUCUGUAUGCUGUUUUGAAAAAAAUUGAAACUGGACAGUUGCUCUGAAUACUAAGCCAUUUGAAACAAGUAAAAAUGAAACAAGUAAAAAUCUUCUGAUUCUUAGACACACAAUACACUACCCAAACGACAGAGAACAAAGUCUAGCUGCACAGGGUUGAAAUGCAGAACCUUUAUAAGUUCUGGGUAAGGCAGAUAUAGGUAGGACUGUUUUUUACUGCACACUUUAGCUAAAGCAGUCUGAUUGACAAUAUUUUCCUUUUGGUUUUAAACUGUUAUGAGUGCAUAGAAGGGCAAAUGUAACACUGUGCAGGACAACCAUACUGAAUUUAUUUGAGCACAUGCAGCUUGCUUACAAGUGUUCAUGUUAAUACUUGUAUAACAUAAUAUGGGAGCUAGUCAUAGCUGUGUAUAAAUGACAGACGCAACUUCUAAUCUGUAAGUAAUAUGUUACUGAACAUUUUAAAACCGUGUCAUCUUUUUCUGUAA